CCAAUCACAGCUGCCUUUUACCACGUGAUCAGCUGUGUUCAAUGACACAGGAGAUCACAAAAAAGUACUGCAAAUAACUGGCAAAUGACACAGAGCAGACCUGCACUGAUAAUCAGUGCCCUGAUCAGCAGUGCCCAGCAGUUUUGCCCAGCAGUGCCCCCAGUCAGUGCCGCCUAUCAGUGCCCAUCAGUGCCACCUAUCAUUAACCAUCAUUGCUGCAUAUCAGAGCAGCAUAAUCAGUGCCUCCUCAUCAAUGCCCACCAGUGCAGCUUCAUCAGUGCCACCUCAUCAGUGCUGCCUAUCCAUGCCAACUCAUCAGUGCCCAUCAGU